AUGUCGACCCGAAGCUCCAAAGUCACCAAGAAAUCGAGGGUGAGUCGGACGGCGAUCAGCUGCGAUCGCUGCAAGUCAAGGAAGACAAAGUGCAAUAAACCUGAUGCCGAUGGCCCAUGUGAUUACUGCCGCAGCAUCGAUGAGGUUUGCUCGGUGGACAUGGAGAAACGGCGCCAGAAGCCCUUCUACUUUGUCUCGGAGGAGGAAUAUCGCCUCCUGCGUGAACUUUGCAGUAAUUGCUUCCCAGAUGAGGAGUUGACGAUACCGAAUCUGCGACGAUUGAUCGACGAGAACAAAAAGCCCGCGUUUAAGACACAGACAUAUGUCUCAACACCUACCAUGUCUCUUAUUGAAGUAUCGGCAGAAACUUCUAUCCUAGACUGUGGAGAUGAAGCGAUAGAUCAAGGUGAGGUCUUGCUGCACGAUGUAGAAGAGGCCCAGACUGAGGAAGGGGAGAUAUUGCUGCCAGAGAUCGUCAAUCUUCAUCAUGACCUGGGUUGUCUACUGGCCGAUGCACACGGGGAGUAUCGCUAUAUGGGAGCAGAGUCAGGCGCUAGCUUCAACAGCGCCGUGAGGUCAUGGAUGCUCAGAAUGGGCGCUGGGGCAAGAAGCAAAGAGAAGGACAGGGACAAGAUACCUGGGAUGCUCAAAGUCAGUCCGCCAUCGGUCAAGUCUCCCCUGACGGAUGCAGCAUCGUCACCUGGGAAUCCUUGCCAGUUUCCAUCGCAAGAUCUGCUGUCCGCUUGCGCAGCUCGCUUCUUUGAGCAGGUCCACUGCUUGUACUGGAUAUACUCGGCAGAGUCAUUCUAUACUCGACUUGAGACGACUCACUCUGGUGAUGUUGGACAGAUAACUGCGUCGUGGCUUUGUUCGCUACAUAGUAUAGUGGCUCUUUGCGCCUCGUGUGAGCCGUCGCCCAAUGGGUUGGUCAAUGGGCAACGGGCGCAUGACUCACUGGAGAUGGCCAAGUCGCUCGUGACGAGGGUAUGUGAUGAAGCAGACCUGGAUAGUAUACGGGCGUUGAUAGUGCUGUCGUUGGCCUUCCACUCCAACGGUUUUACGAAUUCGGCAUACCUUCACAUCGGUCUCGCAGUUCGCAUCGCUUUCUCUCUGGGUCUGCAUCUUGACAAGUACUCCACAAAGAGUGGCGUUGUAAGCCAAGCUCACGCGAGACGUCUCUGGUGGACAUUGUACCUCGUUGAUCAAGAUCUCUCUCUCGCCCUAGGGAAGCCAGGCAUGAAUAGCCCACCGAACGAGACUUCUUGGAAACCCCCUCUGCCAUCCGAGUUUGUUGUCAGCCCAGGCUCACACACGCCGAACGGAUAUCUCGAACAGUGUAUACGUCUCGCUCAGAUAACGCAAAGUAUACGCCAGAAUCUCUACGAUGGACCUGUUCACGGUGGACAAAAGCUAUCGAACACUCACUUUAAUGACGCCAUGGCCGCUCUGCAGAGCUGGCUAGAUCACGUACCGCCACAUCUCCAUCUCUCACCCUCAAUAUCGCUAUCCUACAGAAGGUCCGUAUCCCUUCUCCACCUUCGCUACUGGAGCGCCAUGAUGCUCGUGACCAAGCCCUUCCUUCUAUGCAAUCUACUACAGGGCAUUGAGCAUGUUGAGUCAGCCAAACGGCCGAUAUUCGCUACACUUGCCAAGACCUGUGUGUCUGCCGCUGAAUCAACGUUUGAGAUUUUGGAAACCAUGGUUCUUCACAAAGUCGCCUCCAGCCUGGUCAUGGCCGAUUAUCUCUUCGCCUUGCAGGCACUUCAAGUCAUCGUCGCUGCUUGCGGGCUAUAUCACAUGGAUGGACAUCAAGCUCGUGCGAAGCAGUGUCUGCGAAUCCUCCUGGCUAUCAGCGUAUCUGGUUAUCCGAAGCAUCUUAUCCCGGAGACAUUAUUCCAGCUACAGCAGUGUGGACUUGCCGAAGGUGUCGAGGAAACGUCGAACAUCACUUUACAACCCUCUGAACCUUUAGGAUAUCCCCAGAUGGUGACUGAACCUAUGCAACGGUACGUAGUAGUCUACCAAACUCCCAUCGAGUUUUAUUAA